UUCAUUUUAGUAAUAUUUUAGUUGCUAUUUCAAUAAAUGGUAAUUACUGACACCUCCUCAAGAUGAACUGUUUAAGAGAAAAACAACGGAAAACCAACCCAUUAGUGAGAAACAACUUUCUUGUAAACAUUUUUUUUAUGUAAGAAAAAAAAGUGCAAAUAUUUUGAAACAAGUUCAACAUUUUAGUGACACGGCGGAGAUUUUUUAUGAAGGUCUUAAGAAAACACUUGAAGAAAAAGAUAUAUAUGAAAUACUUCCAUCACAUAAAUCUGAAAAAUUGGACAGUAAACUGGAACAAGUAUGGACAAAACAAAAAGCCUUUACGAUAACAUCUUUAUUAUUAAAAUGUUUUGGAUUUCAUUACUUCCUCCUUGUUUCAACCCAGUUAUUUAUGAUAAUUGAAACAAUAUUGUUUCCAAAAGCCUUAAAACAAUUUAUAUCAUGUUUUGCCAAUUUUUCGAAAUCAGAUGGCUACUUUUAUGGAUUCGCCUUAAUUCUUCUGUCAUUUGUCAGUACUUUGUACAAAGAGAAUUGUUUGAGAUUGUUUUCACUGUUUGCAAUUAAAUUACGAGCAUCAUUUACCUCAUUAUUUUACAGAAAAGUUUUAAAAAUGAAUCUUUCACUCAGUAAGGUCUCGAUGGGCAAAAUACUAACAUUGAUUACAAGAGAUGUUAACGAGUUGGAAACUUCUGUAAUGUUUGUUACUUACAUGGUUAUUUCUUUUAUUCGUGUAAUAAUGACAACUUUGUUGAUUUAUUUUGAAGUUGGAUGGUUGGUGGUUGUUCUUAUUGGAAUCUUUGUUGGGGUAUCUUUAAUUCAAGUCAUCGUCACAUUUGGGGCAAGUCAAUUUAUGAGGGGUUUUUCACAUAAGUUAGAAAGUGAUUGGAUAAAAGCAGAGCAAGACAUCAUAAAUCUUGUAAAUCACAAUCUGACUUUAAACACUACUUAUGAGGAAGCGUUAAAAAUACGAUCACUAUGUUUUUUCUGUUUCCUGUUUGUAUGAGUGUAAUAUCAUUGCUUUUAAUUUUGAAAGGCAGCAUUUUUUAUCUUGUCAUGACACGAAAAGCUUCACUUAAUCUGCAUACACUUAUGUUUAGAAGAAUUAUCAACGCUUCGAUAGAGUUUUUUGAUGACCGAUUUCUGGGAAAUAUUUUAAAUAGAUUUUCUGAAGAUUUGCUUUAUGUUGACGAAAGGAUACCAACCUCGUUGUAUUUUGUGUUUGAGUGUUUCAUGGAGAUGAUAGGAGUAGCUAUUUUAAUGACGACGGUCAAUGUUACAUUCCUCAUUUUUUCCAUUAUCUUUAUCGCAACACUUUUUUUGACGACUAUUCUUUAUUUGAAAGUGGCAAAUGCAUUAAAACGACUAGAACUUUCAACUCGUAGUCCAUUAGUCGGCCAUAUAAAUGCAACUUUUGAAGGACUUUCGACUAUAAAAGCAUCACGAGUUGGAAAUAUUCUUCAAAAAGAGUUCGACAGACAUCAAGAUUUGUACACAUCUGCAUCAAUCAUCUACGUGUGUUGUUUCAAAGCUUAUGGAUUUGUUACACACGUCUACAAUACAUUAUUUCUAGCUUUCAUAAUUUUUUACUUUUUAUUCAUAGACAAAAAUGCUGACGUCGCAACUGUUGGUCUUGUCAUUACCCAAGCUAUGCUUUUUACCAAAGCACAAGAUAUAGGAUUUCGCAAAUUCGCAAAACUUGACAAUGAGAUGACAGCAGUGGAUCGAGUCCUCGAAUACACAAAACAAAAACAAGAAAACAAACAAGGAAUGUUUGUAGAAAAUUGGCCCAAAAUUGGCGAAAUCAAAUAUGAAAAUCUUUCUUUUGCUUAUGGCACUAAACAUGUUUUAAAAGAUUUAAAUUUUACAGUCAAGCAUGGAGAAAAAAUUGCUGUUAUUGGACGUAGCGGAGCUGGGAAAACAUCUCUGAUUUUAACACUUUUGCGAUUAUAUAAAACUGAAGGAAAAAUUUUGAUUGAUAGUAAUGAUAUUGCAACUCUUCCGAUGGAUCUUUUGAGAGAAAAUAUUUUAGUAGUACCUCAAGAUCCGUUUCUAUUUACUGGAACACUUCGAGAAAACGUUGAUUUGAAAAGGACUUACUCCGAUGAUCAAAUUUGGGAGGCUAUCACUAAAGUCGGCUUAAAAAAUCUUUUUUGUAGUUUAGACAAUGAAAUUAAUAGUAAUUUAGAGUUGAGUGUGGGUCAACAACAGUUGAUUUGUCUGGCUAGAGGCCUCAUCCGUAAAAAUAAAAUUGCAAUUUUUGAUGAAAUUACUGCAAAUGUCGAUUCGGAAACAGAAGAGAUGAUUUAUAAAAUCAUUCAAGAGAAUUUUGAUUCUUGUACUGUAUUUAUGAUCACACACAAAAUGCGUUAUGUGAGAGAAUGUGACAAAAUUAUGGUCGUAGACAAGGGAAAUGUUGUAGAAUUUGCAAAUUUGGCAGUAUUAUUGGAAAAUAAAAAAGGGGUAUUUUACAACAUGUUCACUGCCAAUGAACAACGAUAA